AAUUGAGGGACGCAAAGCAGACUUUUCCAUGUCCAAAUCCCCACUCUCGUUGGCCAUCUCGGCUCCAAACCGGGGAGUCCCCAAACCGGCCGUCGGCCCCCCAUUCUCUUCCCUCCAGCCAGCCGCGAUGCUCCCUCCGGCCACCAUCCCUGCUCAUCCGCCUCCGCCGUCGGAGUCCACGACAACCUCCAGCCCGGAGCAGCUGCUGCAGCAGCCGCCUCGGCCGCCGCCUGCUCCUCCUUCCGGCGUUGAGUCCGAGGCGCCACCGAAGAAGCGGAAGGUGGAGGAGGUGGGGUUUCAACGCUCGCCGUACUACACGAUCAGAGAAACCGUCGCAAAUCUCCGCGGCUGCUUCCUUCAGGUUUGCCAAGGAACUGAGUCCCAAAAGGAAGAUGCUGCUGUUGAGAUCUUGAAAGAGAUGAAAGAUGUCAUGGAAUUAUCCAAGAAAGCACGGCUUGAUCUUUCCUCUGCUGCUGCUGAGCCUGUGAAACCGUUCGACAAACCUGCAGCCAGAUCUCCUGAGGACAAGCCUGCUGGAAAUGUUCCAUCUGCAGAGAAGAGUCAAGUUCCUCCAACAAGCCUGGCUGGAAAUUUCGUGCACAGUAUAGGUGGGGAUGUACCGAUCAAGCAUGAUAACUCAGACAUUGCAGCACAUAUAUUGCUGGUGGAGACAAAAAAGGGGCUCAGACCAAGUAAGACAACAGAUCAUACAGUGCAGCAGGGUGGACUCCCGCAGGGGUCUUAUGUCAUCGGUGGAUCUCCCAUUGGCUGGAAUUUUCUCAUGUGGCCUGGAUGCAAAGCAGUCUACUACGGUUUGACCAAAGCAGAGUGGUUGGUUCGUCGAUCUGCAAGAUGAAGUUCCAUCUCCUGUCCCAGCAAUCUAACCGCUACUUUCAUCUUAGAUCUUCAGAGGAUAACAUAGUAGUUGAUGCUGUGAUAUAAGUAGUAGUAGUUUGACCAAAGCACAGUGGUCGGUUUGUUGAUCUGCAAGAUGAAGUUACAUCCUCCUGCCCCAGCAAUUAACCGCUACUUUCAUCUUAGAUCUUCAGAGGAUAACAUAGCAGCUGAUGCAGUGAUAUAAGUAGUAGUGUAGAACUGGAUAGUACAUGACAGUGCAGGAAGGUAACCUCUUCAACCAGAGCAUGGCAAGGUACUGAGAUGUAUCCGCACUGGGCAUCAAUGCCCUUUUGAAAUGUUUUUCUUUUGCUGCACAUUAGGUCAAGGUCAAUCAGAUAUACAGAGAAUUUUGGUUGUAAACUGAAGGAGUCAAGUGUCUAUGGCAUAGUUUCUGCUCAGAAAUGGAUAUGAGGAAGAACUUAAGCACAUGACAGCGCAUUAUAUGUUCCCCUUUUGUUAA